CUUCUUCUUCCCCGGAGAUGCUAAUCGGCCACUUUAUUCUCCCUUUCUUCUACUUCUCCGUCAAUCUUCUUGACCUGUAAUCUAGCUCGCACUCGUAUUCUACAUACAAUACAUACCCCACCCCUUUACAAGCGCCGAAGUUUACAUGGAUUCUUUGUCUCUGGAUGAUAUAAUCAAGAGGUUGCUGGAGGUCAGGGGAAGACCUGGGAAGCAAGUUCAGCUCUCCGAGUCUGAGAUCAAGCAGCUGUGUAUGCGUUCCAAGGAGAUUCUGUUGCAGCAGCCCAAUCUUCUCGAACUCGAGGCCCCCAUCAAGAUCUGCGGGGAUAUUCACGGCCAGUAUUCUGAUUUACUAAGGCUCUUUGAAUACGGUGGCCUACCUCCAAGUUCUAACUACCUGUUCUUGGGGGAUUAUGUGGACCGCGGGAAGCAAAGUCUAGAAACAAUAUGCCUUUUGCUUGCAUACAAGAUAAAGUAUCCUGAUAACUUUUUCCUUCUGAGGGGCAACCAUGAAUGUGCUUCUGUAAACCGUAUAUACGGAUUCUAUGACGAGUGCAAAAGGAGAUUUAAUGUUCGGUUGUGGAAAAUAUUCACAGAUUGUUUUAACUGCCUGCCCGUGGCAGCACUGAUUGAUGAAAAAAUUUUGUGCAUGCACGGUGGGCUUUCUCCAGAUCUGCAUGAUUUGGAUCAGAUAAGGAACCUGCAACGACCUACGGAUGUUCCCGAAACCGGUUUGCUUUGUGAUCUACUGUGGUCUGAUCCUAGUAAAGAUGUGAAAGGGUGGGGGAUGAAUGAUAGGGGGGUCUCCUACACUUUUGGUCCUGAUAGGGUUACUGAGUUUCUUGAGAAACAAGAUCUUGAUCUCAUUUGCCGUGCUCAUCAGGUUGUUGAAGACGGAUAUGAGUUUUUUGCUGAUAGACAACUCGUAACGAUAUUCUCCGCUCCUAAUUACUGCGGGGAAUUUGACAAUGCUGGUGCCAUGAUGAGCGUCGAUGAUACUUUGAUGUGCUCUUUUCAGAUAUUAAAGCCUGCAGAAAAGAAACCUAAGUUUUCAUUUGGUAGCACUACAACGGCUAAGCCAGGAAACUCUCUAACUAAAGCAAAGUCUCUUCUUGGUAGAGACUGAAAGAAAUGUGGCCAGAAGGGUGUAGAGCAUAUGACGGCCAACCAGCCCACGGGACGAUAACAUUGUAUUUCCCUGAAUUUCUGUAAGAACUUGUUUUUUUUCUUGCUUAGGUGCAUCUGUAAAAAAAAAAAAUAUUAGUAGCCUGUCUGGCGGGUGGUUACGACUUUGGCCCUUUGGCUCAGACUCAAGAAACGGUUUUACUGACCUUUUAAAAAAACUGUAACCAAGGGAACCUAUUUGGUGUGAUCUCAUAUACUUUGGGCAAAAAAGUUGGCAUUAUUAAUCUUGUAAUAAGUGGCGACAGUAAUCCAAUGUUCCUCCAUAAGCUAAAACUGAAUUGUGUAGUCUUGGGAACAAUAUAAGUAGACUGAGGUC